AGUUUUUAAUCUGCUUUAAAUAAGGUGAAGACAGGUAGUGAUGUUUUGUUUAGAAGUGGGCACACUUCAACACAAACUGUACUCUGUUGGGCAUAGUGUAACAGUGGGCACAACAACUGCUGACCAAGAGCUGCUUUCAAUAGCAGUGAACAGUCUAGUAAUGGGGAUGAAUAACAUUGACACAUUGUUGGCUGGAGGCAGUCUUGCUUUAUUGUGUAGCAUUGUCAUAAAAAGAUAUUUCAUCAGUAUAUGGAGGGCUGUGUACAUAUUGUUUAAAACCAGCCGCAUGAUUUUACUGUAUUUGAAGGAUUUGACACUUCCACACAACUUCAGAGGAAAGUUGAAGAUGGUGAUUCAUCAUUGCAGUAAUGAUGCUAAAGGUUCACAUCCAUUAUUCAAACCUGCUUGACCUCUAUGUGGUCACCAGUCAUAGACAUCGGGGGUAAUGUAUGCAGUUUAACUUAUUUCUUUAUCUUAUCUCAAAUUGAUCUUAUCCCAGCAUAAUGUGCAUGAGAUAAAUAUACACAAGCAUUUCAUUGGGUGAUUUCACUUAAACUUUAAGGUUUGCACUUUUAUUUGAAUGACACAGAAACUUUGGCUUAACCAAUGGUGUGAGUUUGGGGCAGUGCUUUGGGUGUCCAACAGGUGUUAGAUUGGGUGUUUUGGGGGGUUUGGGCCAGGGACAGUGGUGGAUUUAGUGAUUUGGGGGCCCAAGGGAAAUCCAUGUAUUGGGGCCCCAACCUAUGCCAUACUUAACGGUUUGUUGGAAGAAUCCAUUAAGAGUCUGAUGAAAAUGGCUCAUUUACAAUAAAACAUGUCAGAUGCACUUAGACAAUUUUGGAUCUGUGCUCUUUAUAUGGAAAAUAUUUAUUCACCCAUGCAUGAGCAAUUCUCUAAUAGCAAUUUUGAGUAAUCACAUGAUACUGAAGUCCGCCCACCUCUUAACCUAACCCACUCGCUCUCCCUAUAUCUUAGUUUCCUUUCCUGUUUUAGUUUCUUCAACGUUAGUAGCCAUCAAUAGCAGAAGACCAAUGCUGAACUGUGGAAGGACAUCUUACUGAAGAUAUUAUAACCAACCAGAUGGACAACAGCACAUUAACCUUUAUCCUAAUGCCAACCAAAUGAGCACAAGGAUGAAUUUUUGGAGUUUAUGGAAUUUCUUGGAUUUUCCCGGGAUGCUUAGAGUCAACUUUUAUCAUCAAUAAAGAAGAUCAUCUGCUUCUCAUCACUGUUUCAGACAAGGAAAUAUUUGGAAACUCAAACGUUUUUUAUGGGACUCUCUGUCAACGCAGAGCUCAGAGUGAUGAUUUCAUCAUAUAAUUGGCGUUGUCUUUGUAUUGUUGUGCUUUAAGUUUAUAACCAUCUCCUUUGGAAGGAAAUAUGCUCUUGAGAUACAUUAAUGGAACCUGGAUGACAGCCAGGAAGAACAAGGGUCGGAUAAGUGAAACAACGGGAAGAUGUUUUACUUUACCCCAUGGGAGCAAAGAAAAAAUUGACAAGCUCUGUCCAUUUUCUCUUGAAACCGUCAGUAUCUUUAUCUGUUUGAACUACUUCUUAACUUUAAUAUGGAGAAAUACCUUUUAAGUGGAUUGUAGUAAUAAAAAAAGUACAUGUGAUGCAAUGAUGAAUCAUUUCAAUGUGACUCAAGAGAUUUCCAAAAACACGACGGAGAACUUCAGUGUGACACCAGCAAGUCCAAUGCUUACAACCCCAGCCAUGCUUGAAAGAGAUUUUGUGACCAUUGGCUAUAUUCUUAGUGUGGUAUCGGUUUUGAUCAUCUCCACCAAUUUUUUAGUAGCCAUCGCUCUGAUCCUGCUCAUCCGCAAGAAGGGCUGUCAGAGCUGGUGCUUUGUCUUAAAUCUAUCCAUUGCUGACAUCCUAGUGGGCGUGGCCAUAACUGGCAUUGCCACCGAUGCUCUUGAAGGAAGCACGACCUCCAUGCAAAAAGAAAAGUGUUUGUUGCGUAUGUCCUUCAUCCUUGCGCCCUCCGCUGCCUCGAUCCUCACCAUGUUUGUUAUCUCGCUGGACCGCUAUGUGGCCAUAAAGAUGCCACUGAGAUAUUUACAGCUAAUGAGCAAUAAGAUAAUUGCCACUGCUUUAAUCCUCCUAUGGCUGAUGACUGUGAUUGUGGGCUUUUUGCCCUACAUCGUGACACAAAUGCAGCGGAAAGACUACAACAGGAUCUGCACGUUCUUCUUAGUCAUAGAGCCACAAAGCAUUAUCGUGAUGUUCUGCGUUUUCUUUUUCCCUGUUCUUUGUGUCUUCAUUUACUUCUACAUGGACAUCCUGAAAAUCGCUUGUGGGCACCAGCAGCGCAUCUCUGCCAGGCAAGCGGGUUCAAGCUUUAUGCCAUCCAGCCGUUACUGGGGACACGUAAAGGCCCUGCGGACCAUUGCCGUGCUGGUUGGCUGCUUCACUCUCUGUUGGUGCCCUUUCUUUGUGGUCAGUAUGGUGCAGGUUUUAUGCCCAGAUUGUAAACUUUAUACAUUUUUGGAGAACCAUCUCUGGCUGUUGGGACUCUCAAACUCCCUCAUCAAUCCGCUCGUCUAUGCCUGCUGGCAACGGGAGGUGAGGACUCAGAUCUGUAUGAUCUUCAAUCAUAUAAAAGUCGGACUAUGUUGCCCGACACGAUCACAGACAGCAGACCAAUGCAACACAGACCAUAUAACCAUCACCAGAGAGGGAAACUUUAACGGGACGACGCUUCCCAUCGAGUUAGGCUACUUUGAGACCGUCGCAGUUCCUGAACAACAUCCGGAAAAAUAUUCCCAGUAGAGUGGGAAUUAGUCCACUGCUCACAGGAAACUAAAAAAGGUCUUUGAUAUCAGCAAGAAAAGAGCAAACAGUGAUGUGCCCUAAUGGAUGUGGAGCCCUGAGUAUCUCCACAUGAGAUACAGCAGAUGGCUCUGUUUGCUUUUCUUUAUCCCUGCACUCAUUAUAUUACAUUCAAAAUAACCAAAGCACUUAGUUUGGUCCCAUAUCCACUUAUUUUUGUAUUAUCAGUUGUAAAAUGCAAAAUAGCAUUAAAUAAAACUCAUUUAUAAUCAACAGGCAUUUGUGUUUUGUGCAUUGUCAAUUUUGCGCUUAAAGCUAUUUUAUCAACAGUAAGAUAAUAAUUGCAUGCAUGUGUUUUUACUCUCAGGCUCUCAUACAAAAUCAGGAAUUCACAUAAUGAAGAGAUAUUUGACCAAAUGAUCUUAAUGUCACAAAUUGAGUUCCUUGAUGAAUUGGGUAAAAAAUGUAUGGAUCAAAAAGCAAACUUAUAAUCAAAGUAUGUGAAUGCAUGGGGCAACCAUUUUGAAAAAUUCAUGUUUUAA